UGGCUUGCCGCUGGCUCUGCUGAAGUUGACAUAGAAGAAGUGCCGCCGCCCUACACACCAGAGUCUCAGGUGGAGGGGGUUGGCUACUCGAAGAGAGCACUUGAUCUGCAAACGGACUCUCAAAUUAAUGGACUUCCAAACGGUGCCAAACGGUGGCACCGUCAUCGCCAGCCUUGCCUGUCUUCGAGUGGCUUGGAUCGCGGCAGAGUCAGGCGGCAGACAAGUGCAAUGACAGUUCUCUGCGGCGGGCAAAGGGCAUCAUGUGUCAGAGUCUCUGCUUCCAGUGUCCAGUGGGCGUCAUCAUCUGCGUGCAUCUGCAUGAUUGCUAGGGAAUAGCAGUAGUGAAAUCCGGAUCCGGGUCAGCCUCCAUUAGGAUCAGGAAGAAAGUGUGGGAAAGGGGCGAAGGGGACGUGAAAAUGGGAGAAUGGAUAUGCAAUCGAGCUGCUCGCUUCUGUUCGACAUGGCUGCCGGCGCUAGCCUUGGGCCAGGUCCUGUCGUUGCUGGUCGCAGGCACAGCUUUGGUUUCCACAUUGUUGGUGGACAAGGGGAUUGCGAUUCCGACCAGUCAGACCCUCGCGACAUACGUUUUGUUGGUGAUCGUUUGCGGGUCUGUUUUCUGGUUCAAGGGCGCUGUAAAUGCCGCGGACAUUCAAUGGAAAGCAUAUCUGGCUCUCGCACUCGUCGAUUUGGAGGCCAACUACAUUGUCAUCAAGGCCUACCAGUACACGUCGAUAACCAGCGUCCUCCUGCUCGAUUGCUGGACGAUACCUUGUGUUGUGCUGGGCACAUGGCUGUUCCUAGGCGUACGCUACCGACUGAGACAGUUCUUCGGCAUCUUCAUCUGCAUCAUGGGAAUCGCCGUGCUCGUCCUUUCUGAUGUCCACGCCGAUGACGGCACGAGAGGCCCAAGGGCGGUGCUUGGCGACUUCCUCGUCCUCGUCGGAGCGACCCUUUACGCUUGUUCAAACGUUGGCGAGGAGUUCCUUGUUAAGGCAAACACCAGCAAAGUGGAGAUGCUGACGUUCCUCGGAGUCUUUGGUUCGAUCUUCGGAUUUAUUCAGCUCCUAGUGCUCGAGCGACAGGAGGUCGCCUCGUUUACGUUCGGGUGGGACACUUCAUUAUUGUUUCUGGGUUUUGCGUGCAUAUCCGGUCUUUUUUACCUCUUGGCACCCUUGUUGUUCCAGAUUGGGGGCUCGGCGAUGUUCAAUUUGUCGCUGCUGACGUCUGACGUGUGGGGGAUUGUGAUCCGAUCGCUCAUGUUUCAUCAGCGUGUGGACGCUCUGUACUACGUUGCGUUCGGGGCAUUCGCUGUUGGACUGGUCAUCUACUCUGUGAACCUGCCGAAGGAUGGCCCAAACAUAAAAAACUAUCAUGCAUUAUCUACCCAGAUAACCUCGGGGGAUUCAAUGCCAGCCUUCCCUUCUCAUGAUAUGGAGGAGGGACCCGUGACCGAGAUCGCCUUCACGCCAAAUGAGUCUGUAUGUGGAACUGUGGAGAGAAAGCCAGCUGCGCCCGUCGGAGUCCCCGAGGGUCAUCAGGCAGAGCAGCAGCAACAACAACAGCAAUAACAACAGCAAUACCAACAGCAAUACCAACAGCAAUACCAACAGCAAUACCAACAGCGAUGACGACAGCGACAACAACAGCGAACAAGAUUGACGAGAACAACAGCGGCAAGAUUGACGACGACAACCCGGGUGACAGCAACGGGAAGGUUGGCGCGAAGAAAUGACUUCAAAAUUUAAACGUCACAGGGAAAACAACUCCAAAAAACAAUUGCAGUGAGAGAAAGUGAACAACAGCAACAACAACUGCAGCAAAGAAUCAACUUUAACCGUAACAGCGACAAGAACAACUUGAACAGCUACAGCAACAGCAACAACAACAACUAUUGAAGCAAAAAACUGUGUGGCGAACGCCUGAACAUGUUUGGGUGUUUGGCCGAAUGCCUCCCGAACGUGUUCGGUCGAACUUUUUUUUUUUCUUUCUUUUUUUUUUUAACUCACGUUGGGCUAAGAAUUUGAACAUACCUCCCAGGCAAAAGUUGUUUGCAUUAUUAUUUUACAUAACAAUGAUAACAUAUAUUUUUUCCCCAGAUUUUUCUGAGAUAUAUGUAUAUAUAUAUCUGAUGAGUCGGUGAAACUCCGACGAAACAGUUUGUCACAGCCCCUCGUUUGUUGUCCUCUUCUCCCUCUCUGCCUACGGUUUACCGGGCAGCUCUAUUUGACGAUAUAUAUGUAUAUUUUUUACCGAAACAGGAUCUUAUGAUCCUGGAUCAUUUUCCAUUCCGGGGAACGAUAGUCCGGUUCCUUUUCCACCGGCUAAUAUUUUUAUGUUCGCGUUCGGAGGGUUUUGGCGCUGGUACGCGUUCGGUCGCAGACGUUCAGGUUUGGUCACCGAACGCUAAGACGAUGCUCUACGCCGGCGAAAAAUUCGACUUGAAGCAGACCAGCGACAGCUAGAGUAACAACAGCAGUCGUAACAAGCACACAAUGACAACGACAGCAGCAGCCGCCGCACCAGCAGCGACAUCGACAGCAGCAACAACAGCAAGCAGGAACAGCGGGGACGCUGAAGACCUGCAACGAGAGGCGGCGGUACGUCAGCACGAGAUGAAUGUGGAGUCCAGCUCGAAAGUGGGAUCAGCGUCAAAAUUAACCAAGAGGCAAUCGGCAUUCUGCGUCGUUGUGAAAAAAAGACGCUUUCUGGUGUGUUUUUCGAUACUUAGGCCAAGGGGAGGAGAUGGGGGAGGGGGGUUGCAUCGGGUCGGGAUCUCUACUUCAGAGCCAUGUUUGGUACGUAGGAGAGGAUGGGGGCCAGAGGGAGGUGAUGGUCGCGUGUAUCGGGAUGGGUUUGCUUAACUUUGCUACCCAUUGAUUGUAUCUGUCACGCCUCUCUCUCUAUAGGGUGGCUAUUACAUUACGAACGUCUGUCACGCCUGUCUCUCCUGAUGGUCGCCUGUGUCUGUCGACAGACAAUCAGGAGUCCUCUGUCCUCUGUACAUCUCACUUCCAAAGAGAGUCUGUCCUCCAAAGUAUAUCCGGCUUUUGGAAGCAAAAGUAGAUCUCACUUCGGGAAGUACAUCUCUUUUUUCUUUUUUUUAAUAAAGAAACCCCAGUGGGGGGGAGUACUGUUGUGGGCGGGUAUGGGCAGCCCUCAACAAUAACCCCCCAUAGCGGCGUAGGGGACUCCAGCUGUUGUUGGGGAGCGAGACCUGCUUUGGGCUUAUGAAGAGCUCCAUUGAGACAUUGCAUUGGGGGGGAGCAGCUGCAGCCUCCCGGAGGGGCACCCGGGGGCUAGGCCGGGGCUAGGCCGUUCUGUAGUCAUUCGGAUUCUUGGUUCAACUUGGGACUUAGUGUGAUCAGGAAUUGGGCCCAGGCACGGAAGGUUGGAGCACAUCUCACUUCUUCUUUUUUUUUUUUUUUUUUUUUUUUUUUAAAAAAAACUCCAUCUAUUGGUGGGGAGCAUCACCUGCUGGAAAACGGGUCCAGCGUCCCUUACAUGAAAUGAAUUUGCACCAAAUCA